AACCACAGCAAUCACCAAGCCUCAGCAACUCAGCAGUCUAUUACUACUACCACCGCUACAUCCAACCAUCCAGCAAUAUAUCAAGUCCACCUUCCAAGGCUUAGCCAACAACAACAACCACUCUCCACUACCAAGUCGUCAUACCCACGUCGACUUACACCAACAAACAACCAAGCCAACUUCCAGUUCGCAACACACAAAACCGUCGCAAUGGCCGCCACAUCCUUCUUCGACCUGCCCGAGCAGCGCCCCUCGCAGCUCCCUCCCUGCCCUGGCCCUCCCCCGAACCGCCCUCUGCCUCCUCUUCCCAAGAGCGGUUAAGCAGUUGGCAUUCCACCAGGGGCAAUACCUCAAGAACACGACCACCAGAACACUAUGCAACUCUCAUGGCGGCAUCGCUUGGGCUACUACCAUUCGUCACACUACCAUUGAGUGACGCCAUGACAGCAAACCCGGCAAUACAAUGGCACCGGCUCUAAUACACAUUGUCCACAACGCCUGCCUGCCUGUCUGCCUGCCGCGGCUACCUCGCUGCCAUCGGCACACCUCUACGGCGGCAGCUUGCGCCCGCCGCGUCUUCUCGACAUGGCUGCGAUGGGCCUCAGAAUCCAUCCGGCGCAUCUCUGCUCGCUCGCCUCCGGCACCCAAAUACUUCCCCCCACGAGAGCUGGUCCCUCUGGGACUCUGCUUCGACCUCCCCUGCCUGCCUUACCAGCACGCAGCACACCAUCGUCUUACUACACACACACACACAUUUAAUAGGCGGCCUGCAUACGACAACCAGCCGGAGCAGCCGCCGAGCAUGAACACGGGUCUACUUGGGAGCACACAUUGGAAUUUUGGGGCCACUUUUGACACCCACACACACACAUGUAUCACUAUUACAGAAAGCAUGGCAUUGGGUGGGGCGAACUAUCACUACGGGACGGCGUCUUGUCUUUAUAUCACACAUCAUGUAAGGCGCCCCAGCACAGGCGUGACAUUUGACAUGUCGCGCCCUGCAGUCUGGCUUGCGACCUCGGGAAAGCAACGGGAUACCCACAGGGAGGAUAACAUUUGGAUUUUCUCAUCACUUUUCAUCGCGGGGAGCUGGCAAUCGCCCUCCCAAGACUUAGGACAUCAAAUAAUGAACGAGAGAGGCUUGCCUUUUGGCAGCCGCAUUAUUACCUGAUCA